AUGUCUUGGUGUAAAACCAGGGUAAGAGAGCCCAUGCUCUUCUGCAGUCAACCAGGACUCACAGAGCGCGGAUGUCGCAGACAACUCGGGUCAGGCACAGAAUCUCAGCGAGAGCUUAGAAUCAUCUGCGGCCGAGCCAGAUCAAAGUGCGCGGACGUCCCUGACAACUCGCCUCAGGCUCCGAUAACCAACUGCCUGUCCAUGGGCACAGACGUCUCUGACGACUCUGCACAUGCUGGAACACAUGCUCUGAACCAAUCUGUGCACAUGUCAUACUCCUGUCACUCAAGUCUGGCGCCUUGGGCCUUCCUUGUAUCAACUUUCCACCAUCCCACCCCCCUGCUCACUACUGUCAUCAAUGGCGGCCAACUCGACGGUGAUCUUUUUGACAAGCAAAACCGACGCCAGACAAAGAGUUUUGGGUUCAAACGAUGCAAGCUAGGCAUGACCCAAGUCGUCUGGGAUGCCUGCACUGUAUGA